UCGGGAGCCCCGCCCACCACAGGCCUGUUCAGCUUGCUAGGGAGGAAGCGGCAGGAGCGGAUCCGCCCACAACACGACGACAAGCGCCCGGGACAUGGAGCGGCCCUGAUCCCCCCUCAGACCACCGGGCUAGAGCUGCCUCCUCAGGGAGGACACUGACGUGCAGACAUGAGUAACAACAACAACCGGCAGUCCAAGCGGGUCACCAACUCCGGCUCCAUCCUGCUGACUGCCCAGGAGAAUGACACCCUGUACGGCUACCUGGGCAAGAAGUGUGUGACUAUUAAUUCUGCAGUUGUCCAGCUAUAUGCUUCAGACCGUAAUUCCAUGUGGGUAAAGAAAUGCUGUGGAGUAAUAUGCUUAGUGAAGGACAAUCCACAACGAUCCUAUUUCAUUAGAGUGUAUGAUAUCAAGGAUGGUCGGCAACUCUAUGAACAGGAACUAUAUUAUAAUUUUGUAUAUAAUAGCCCAAGAUCAUAUUUUCACACAUUUGGUGGUGAUUCAUGUCAACUUGGCCUAAACUUUGCAAGUGAAGAGGAAGCGAAAAGAUUCCGAAAAGCUAUAACUGAAUUGCUCGGAAGAAGACCUAAAAAACCUGAUAAAAAACGAGAACCACCAAAUGGGCCCAGUCUCCCCAUGGCAACGGUUGACAUCAUACAUCCUGAAAUUGCCACCCCAAGAUACACUACACAAGUGAAUAACAUUCCUUAUAACAAAGAUAAGAAAAAAGGCAAAAACAAGAAGAAAAAACUCACCAAGGCAGACAUUGGGACACCUAGUAACUUCCAACACAUUGGACACGUGGGAUGGGAUCCAAACACUGGCUUUGAUGUGAAUAAUUUGGACCCAGAACUGAAAAAAUUGUUUGAUUUGUGUGGGAUCUCUGAAGCUCAGCUUAAAGAUAAGGAAACCUCAAAGGUUAUUUAUGACUUCAUUGAAAAAACAGGAGGUGUUGAAGCUGUAAAAAAUGAAUUACGAAGGCAAGGUCCUCCACGUUGGAAUGCACCACCGCCGCCACCACCUUCAAGAGGUGGUGCUCCACCUCCUCCUUCACACAGCUCAGGUUUACCACCCCCUCCACCAGCAAGAGGUGGCUUUUCAAAACCCCCACCACCUCCUUCCAGAGCUCCUCUGGCUGCACCACCACCUCCUCCACCUUUCCGACCUGGAGCCUCAGGACCACCACCACCUCCACCCAAUCGUCUGCAUCCUCCACCACCACCAGGUCAUUCUUCAUCGGCACCUUCAAGUCCUCCUCCUCCACCACCACCUCCAAUACAAGGAUUUGGAGCACCUGCCCCACCUCCUCCCCCACCUCCACCAGGCCCUCCACCUCCACCUGGUCCACCACCUCUACCUGGAUCGGCAGCAGACAAUGAUCAUCAAAUUGCACCUCCUAUGGGCAGCAAAGCAGCACUUCUUGAGCAGAUUAAGGGAGGAGCUCAGCUUAAAAAAGUAGACAGUAAGGAAAGUAGACCAGUGUCUUCCACUGGACGAGAUGCUCUGCUAGACCAAAUACGACAGGGAAUACAGUUGAAAACUGUGACAGAUGAGUCGGAUGCUGUUGCACCUACAGCUGCUGCUCCUCCUGCUCCUGGAAUAGUUGGAGCACUGAUGGAAGUAAUGCAGAAAAGGAGUAAAGCCAUUCAUUCUUCAGACACCGAUGAAGAUGAGGAUGAUGAUGAAGACUUUGAGGAUGACGAUGAAUGGGAUGAUUGAUCUACACGUUAUAUAAAUAUAUAUAUAAUAUAUAUUUUUUUUAAGGUGAAUGAAUACUAAACACUAAUUUCUGUCUAUGACUUCUGUAAAAUGAUCAUGUAAAUGGUUUACCAAUCUGCUGUAUAUUUUUGUUGCUUUUUUAAAUAAUCUGUGCAAUACCUCAUUGGAAAUUUGUCAUACCGCUGCGCACCAAUCUUCCUCCUGCUAAGUGUGCGAACUGACAUUACAUAACAGAUGACACUAGCGAGUCUACAGCACCUGCGCGACAAGAUCUCCCUGCGGAAGUUUCCAUGAGUCAGUGACAGAACAACCUUUAAUGUAAUUGUUAUAAUGAAAAAAGAAACACUAUUUUCUUACCCUGAUUUUUCUGUAUCUAAAUUUCUUAUAGACAGCUAGUCUAGCACUACGUUCUUUUUUUUUUUUUAAGUCAUGCUGAUCUUUGCUUAUUACGCCCCUCAUUUUGAACUCUGAGCUACAUGUAUGUUUUUGUUGGGGUUUUUUUUUUUUUUUUUUGACUCUACAAGAAAUUGGUUUGUAUUAUCGCAGCCGCUACCAACAAUGCUUAUAAGCCCUUCCUUUUUCUUUUUUUUUUUUUUAAAGUUCAAGCAAUAGCAUCUUCUAUUUUCCAGCAAUAUUGACUGUUUAACAAAACAGUUUUAUAUCCAAUACCUGGUAAAAGUGAAAGUAGGACUGACAAAACACCAACUCCGAAUUGGUGAGAUUUUAACUUAUAUGGUGAUUAGAACUGACAUAGCAAUGCUACAUGAGGCCAGUGGCCCUAACUGCAUUAACUACAUGGACACUCUUAUAGCCUGUACACUACGCAUUACAGCACGUUGGACUAUAUCCGAUAUAGAGCCCAUUUUGCACUUCUCCUCUCGUCUCUGUGGACAGAACUGCUUGCUUCUCUACUGUAGGGUUAAGUUUCUGAAUGCGUACAAGCCACAUUGCAGAAGCUCCAGAAUCCAUUCAGUGCCGUUAAUUGUGCUGCAUUCCUGUGUAUCAGAUAGCAAACACUACAGCACAAUCAUACAGAAAACCUAUCUUGAAUGGCAAAUGAAUAUUACAGUAGUCUAUAUGGUUAAAAAAUAAACACUAAUAUGUUAUGAACCUGCCUAUUGCAAUGCUCUAUUAUCUAUUGUAUAGUUUUGGGGAACAGAGGUUGGCAUUAAUAAGAAAUAAAGAACACACUUUGUAUACAUACCUGAUAUUUACUUCUAUUCACACACCUUCGUAUAUGAGAAUAUAGUCCGACGUCAGCGCUAAUGCAGCGGACGAGGACAAGUUUCCGUUCUGUGCUGGUUGAGGAGUCGCAGUAAAAGUUCCCGUUGGUUAAGCUUUCAUUGUAAAUGCUACUGGCUGUUAAUAACUGAUAUAAGGUUAAGUGCGGCAGGCUGGUCCUGUUUCAUUUUAUAUUCUGGACAAUCAAUAAUCAUGUAAUUAAAGUGAUCAUGUAAAUGUUA